AUGGAGGCCAUCAAGCAGACCUUUCAACGGUGCAAGGCCGAGAAACGGAGUGCACUGGUCACCUACGUGACAGCAGGCUACCCCAAGCCCGAGGACACCGCCGAUAUCUGCCUCUCUAUGGAGAGGGGAGGUGCAGACAUCAUUGAGCUCGGAAUACCCUUCACAGACCCCAUAGCAGACGGCCCGACCAUCCAGACCUCCAAUACGGUCGCCCUUGAGAAUGGUGUCACCCUCGCAAGCACCCUCCAGAUGGUCCGCGAUGCCCGGAAAAGAGGCCUGAAGACGCCUGUUCUGCUUAUGGGCUACUACAACCCUCUGCGCGCCUACGGCGAGGAGGCCCUGCUGGAUGACUGCAAGGACGCCGGCAUCAACGGCUUCAUCAUCUGCGACUUGCCUCCCGAGGAGGCCGUCUCCUUCCGCAAGCUAUGUUCCAAGGGCGGCCUCUCCUACAUCCCUCUGAUCGCCCCUGCCACCUCGGACAAGCGCAUGCGUCUCCUCUGCCAGCUCGCCGAUUCCUUCAUCUACGUCGUCUCGCGCCAGGGCGUCACAGGUGCUCUCGGCACGAUGAACGCUCACCUUCCCGAGCUCCUGGAGCGUGUGAAGAAGUACUCCGGUAACAAGCCUGCUGCGGUCGGCUUUGGCAUCUCCACCCGUGACCACUUCACCAGCGUGGCACAGGUUGCCGACGGCGUUGUCGUGGGUAGCAUGAUCGUCACCACACUGCAGAAGGCGCCCGAGGACCAGCGCUACAAGGCCGUCCAGGAGUACUGCUCGUACCUCUGUGGGAGGACGCCCGAAGAGGGCCUAACGAGGGAGGUCGGCGUUGUCGAGGCAAUCUCCCAGGCCAAGGAACCCAACGCCCAGCCCACCGUGAGCGCCGUCAUUUCAGACAACCAUGUCAACGGCGAGGAUGCCGGGCUGGUGUCCCAGCUGGCCGCGCUGCAUGGCAAGAUCCCGGAGCGGUUCGGAGAGUUUGGAGGGCAGUACGUGCCCGAGUCGCUGAUGGACUGCCUCUCCGAGCUCGAGGAGGGCUUCAACCAGAUCAAGGACGACCCGGCCUUCUGGGAGGAGUUCCGCUCAUAUUACCCGUACAUGGGCCGGCCAGGCCAGCUCCAUCUUGCCGACAGGCUGACAAAGUACGCUGGCGGCGCCAACAUCUGGCUCAAGAGGGAGGACCUCAACCACACCGGUAGCCACAAGAUCAACAACGCCGUUGGUCAGAUCCUGCUUGCGCGGAGGUUAGGAAAGACAAAGAUCAUUGCUGAGACCGGAGCGGGUCAGCAUGGUGUCGCGACUGCCACCGUGUGUGCCAAGUUUGGCAUGGAAUGCACAGUGUACAUGGGUGCCGAGGACGUGAGACGGCAAGCACUGAACGUCUUCCGCAUGAAGCUUCUCGGCGCCAAAGUGGUCGCCGUCGAGGCGGGCAGCAAGACGCUUCGAGACGCUGUCAACGAGGCUAUGCGGGCCUGGGUUGUCCAGCUCGAGGACACCCACUACAUCAUCGGCUCUGCUAUCGGCCCACACCCCUUCCCGACGAUAGUGAGGACCUUCCAGUCCGUCAUCGGCAACGAGACCAAGCAGCAGAUGCUGGAAAAGCGGGGCAAGCUGCCAGACGCCGUCGUGGCGUGCGUCGGCGGUGGUAGCAACGCCACCGGCAUGUUCUUCCCCUUCUCUAACGACCCCUCGGUCAAGCUCCUCGGGGUCGAGGCCGGCGGUGAUGGUAUCGACACCCCGCGCCACUCGGCGACGCUGGCAGCGGGCUCCAAGGGCGUGCUGCACGGUGUCAAGACCUACGUGCUGCAGAAUGAGCACGGGCAGAUCCAGGACACGCACUCGGUGUCUGCAGGUCUCGACUACCCCGCCGUUGGGCCCGAGCUGGCCUCGUGGAAGGACAGCGAGCGCGCCAAGUUCGUCGCCGCCACGGACGAGCAGGCAUUCCUCGGCUUCAAGCUCAUCAGCCAGCUGGAGGGCAUCAUCCCUGCGCUGGAGUCGGCGCAUGGUGUCUACGGGGCCAUCGAGCUGGCCAAGACCAUGAAGCCUGGCGAGGACGUGGUCAUAUGUCUGAGCGGCCGCGGCGACAAGGAUGUACAGAGCGUGGCCGACGAGCUACCUGUAAUAGGACCCAAGAUCGGUUGGGACCUGCGGUUCUAG